ACGAGGGGUAUUUGUGUAAGGGGACAUAAGGGGCCAGAGCAUGAUUUGUCUGUGCUUUUUUUGUCCCCAGCACAGGAUGUCUGUCUCUGUAACGGUUCAGCUAUUAUCUUGUGACGCAUAUAUUUUCAUAAUAUCCUGGUGGCUAAUCUUUGUUUAGGGAAUGGCCAAGUUUUCUUUCCCAAGGUUUCGGCCUCCAACACUCAGGGAUUACUCCUGGUGGUGCUCAGAGGACCCUAUACGAUGCUGGAGAUCGAACCCGGGUCGGGUGCAUGCAACAUGCAAGGCCAACGCUCUCCCCACAGGACUACUGCUCUGGCCCUUCCUGCUGUUUCUUUUUGGCCCGAGAACCCUGACUUAUUUCUGUGGCUACUUCCCUUUGUUUUCAUUUCUCAACUUCUUGCCUAUGAAAUGUCCAGACAAUAUUUUCCUGGGUAAGUCAUUGGAGCCAGGAAAUUGUCUCAAGAUUCUGCUGAGUGGUCCAAGGGCAUGGAAGCAUCGUUGGGUUCUUAAUGUCCCAGAAGCGGAUGUCUACACAUCCCCAGGGGUCUCAAGGAGACCAGCUACAGAAGUCAAUUCUUUGGUUACACCUGGCAAUGCUCAGGGCUGACUCCUGGCUCUGUGCUCAGGGAUCCUUCUUGGCGGGGCUUAGGGGACCCUCUGGGGUGCCGGGGAUCGAACUCAGCUCGCCCAUGCACAAGGCAAACACCCUCCCCAUUGUGCCAUCUGGCCUUGGAGUAUGGGGUCUUUCAGAUGCAGGAACAGUAGCUGUCGGGGGUGGUGAGAGAGAGAGAAAGAGAGAGAGAGACAGAGACAGAGAGAGACAGAGAGAGGAGGGAGGAAGAGGGAGAGGGAGAGGGAAAGAAUUUCUGAAGAGAGAUUAAAACAAAAAAAUCCUGCAAAGGAAAUAUAAACCCAUAGAUCAAUAUGGGGGCUGGAGUGAUAGCACAGUAGGUAGGGCGUUUGCCUUGUACACGGCUGACCUGGGUUCGAUUCCUCUGUCCAUCUCGGAGAACCCAGCAAACUACAGAGAGUAUCUUGCCCACAUGGCAAAGCCUGGCAAGCUCCCUGUGGCGUAUUUGAUAUGCCAAAAACAGUAACAACAAGUCUCACAAUGGAGAUGUUACUGGUGCCCGCUCAAGCAAAUCGAUGAGCAACGGGAUGACAGUGAUACAGUGCUACAGAUAAAUACAAGGCUUUAGGGGUUGCGGGGAGAAAUUGCGUACAUCCAUCUCAUCAUCAUCCUGCCUCAUUCUUGCCUCCCACCAGUCCUAUGGAAGCCGAGAAUCACACGGGCACUGUAAAAUUCAUCCUUCUGGGACUUUCCGAAGACUCGGACCUGCAGCCCCUGCUGUUCGGCCUCUUCCUCUACAUGUACGUGGUCUGCGUCACGGGCAACCUGCUCAUCAUCGCGGCCAUCCUCUCGGACCCGCACCUGCACACGCCCAUGUACUUCUUCCUCUCCAACCUGUCCCUCACCGACAUCUGCUUCACCUCCACCACCGUCCCCAAGAUGCUGGCCAACCUCCAGACGCACGACAGGACCAUCAGCUACGAGGGCUGCCUCACGCAGAUGUUCUUCUUCAUGAUCUUCGCGGGCCUCGAUGACCUGCUGCUGACCAUCAUGGCCUAUGACCGCUUCGUGGCCAUCUGCCACCCCCUGCACUACACGGUCAUCAUGAACCCCCGGCUCUGCGGCCUGCUGCUGCUGGCCUCCUGGUUAUUCUGCCUGGCCUACUUUAUCUUCCAGAGCUUGCUGGCGCUCAGGCUGUCUUUCUGCAGAGACGUGGAAAUCCCGCAUUUCUUCUGCGAGCUCGCCCAGCUCCUCAAGUUGGCCUGCAAUGACACCUUCAUCAAUGACAUCGUGCAGUACUUCAUCACGGGCCUCAUGGGCAUCAUCCCCCUGAUCGGCAUCCUCUACUCUUACACGAAAAUCAUCUCCUCCAUCCUGGGCAUCGCCUCGGCCCAGGGCAAGUACAAAGCCUUCUCCACCUGCAGCUCCCACCUGUCCAUCAUCUCCCUGUUCUACGGUGCUGGCCUGGGCGUCUACCUCACGUCCGGGACGGCCCACCCGUCCAGAAAGGGGUCGGUGGCUUCGGUGAUGUACACGGUGGUCACCCCCAUGCUGAACCCCUUUAUCUACAGCCUGAGGAACCGGGACAUCAAGGGGGCCCUGCGGAAACUCUUCUGCAGAAGGGCUGGGGCCCAGUGAUCGGGGCAGGUGGGAUGAUUGCAGGGCAUGGGGGAAGGUGGUGGAUGCGUGACCCGGAAGUGCUCAUCUUUUCCUUCCGGGGGAGCAACUUCCAACCCCCAAUUCCUGACCCCCGGGGCACACUUGAGCAGUGUGCCUGAAGAUUUUCUCUCUGCUAAGGCAGAGGGCCUGACCUUUACAUCAAAGGUCCAGGCCCCUGUGAGCCUGGAGUGGGGAACAAACCUGCCUGAGUAAUGGUGGCAGCUGUGUGCAAGUUCUUGGUGUAACUCAUUUGUCCGGGAGCCGGGAGGCAGGUGAUGGUGUGUGCGGGGCUAUGCGGUGUCUGGGACGGAUCCCAGUUGUUCUGGUGCAAAGCCCCCCGGAGGCCCCUCCUCCGUCUUAUUGGUGCUUCUUUAUCCCGCCAAGCCUGUCCCUGCUCUCAGCCCCGUAGUGGCUGGUCCACGUUUUCUGAGGUCCGGAAACCAUCACCCGGGUUUCCUCUCUGUGAUUGCUGUCGACCACAAUUUUAUUUACUACGUGUUUUGCAAGGGGUGGGGGUAUCUCAAAACCUGUGCUGAGGAUUUGGAGAAGAAACAAUCAGGAAACUCAUUCUUUUUUUUGUAUUUUUGUAUUUUUGGUGCGACUCACACCCAGAGGUUCCCAGGGUUGAGUCCUGGCUUUGUGCUCAGGGAUCACUCCUGGAGGGGCUCAGGGAACCCUAUGAGGUGCUAGCUGCGAAACCUGGGUCAGCCGUGUCGUAUACCCUGCCAGACUCUCUCCAGCCCAAAACUCACUGUAGUUCCUACAGUGAGAAAACCCUGGUUUGGGCCAAUCCAGGUAAGACAGUGGCUAGGAAAUAAACAUUGAAAGGCAGAAGUGGAGGGUGCCUACCCUAGCCCCCACGGAUAGGUCUGCACCUUCCUCAGCGACACUUCAGGGCCAGAGAUGCUUCUCCGGAAGCCCUGCCACCCUCCGUCUAUUGGGGUUCCCGACUCACUGCAAGGCCAAUAGUUCUUCUCUUUUGGUUACAGGCCACACCAGCAGUGCCCAGAGGGCCUUAUGUGGUUCUGGGGGGUCGAACCUGUCAGACGAGUGCAAGGCAAGUGCCACCCCCAUUAUACUAUCAUUCUGGUCCAAAUCUUAAAAAAAAGGG